AUGCUCAGCAAGUUCUUGAGCUGCUUCGGACUUUUGCUUCCAACUGUAGCAUUGCGGGCCAUUUUCGAUGGAGAAGAGAGAGACACAGGAGGACGUGGCAUCAUCCCUCACAGGCGUUUGGUGAUGGUAGUGUAUCCAGCCAUGGCCGUAGCGGCAGUUCUUUUCAUUUGCCUGUUUGUCACUGCGCUGGGCAGAGCACCCGGAGAGCGCAAGAAGACCGGCCGAAAAUCAAUCAAGGACUACAGAUUGAUGCAGCAUCUGGGUGUUAGCGAUGCAGUGGAAGAGCUUCACCCAGAGACCAGUUUCACAGAAGAUUUCGGCAAGGCCUUUACACGGCCUCGGUUGUUCGCUUUUUUGGUGGCAAUUGCCUUGACCUUUGCCCUAGCUGUCUUUGGAGACAAUAAGCUUUUUGCCGUUGAGCAUUCCUUGGCAAAUGUUGCUUCAGUGGAAGCUUGUCAAGCAGCCUGCUCCGCAAAUCCUUUGGCGCAUUGUGACAGCCUGAAGUUCGAGAAGAGAUUUUGCACUCCGUUGGGCAAGUAUUGCGCUGCACAGAAGUCUAAAUCGAGUACAGUAGAAUUUGUCUCCUGUAGCUUCAGCAUUGUCCCCGAGGCAUGGAAAGUUGAUUUGGUCGUCAUGUCAGCGAUCAUCGGCAUAUUUUUGAUUGUUGAUGGCUUGUCUGCAGAGCUCAUCCUCUUUGGGCUUAGCUGCAUUUAUGGAAUUUUUGGCGUUAUCAGCAAGAAAGAGGUUUGGGCUGGAUUGGGUAGUGGAAGUGUGGUUGCCUUGGCCUUGCUAUUUCCUAUCGCGGCAGCUAUUGAGGAAACAGGUGUACUUGAUUGUGCUAUUGGCGCGAUGCUCGGGAGCCCUCAGUCCUUCCAUGUAGCCUUCUUCCGAAUGCUCAUCCCAGUGGCCCUUUUGUCUGCAUUCCUCAGCAACACUGCUAUUGUCACUAUGAUGAUACCAAUAAUCGUAUCGUGGUCCCGAACCUUGGGUGUACACCCUGGUAAGCUUCUUAUGCCGUUGUCUUUUGCCGCUCAACUUGGAGGAUCCUGCACACUUAUUGGCUCCUCUCAUUGUUUGGUGGCACGGGAGAGUGUGGACAAAGAUCUCUACGAGAUGAGCUUUUUUGAUCUUUCAUACUCUGGUGCAAUCCUGUCCUUCGCCACAUUUUUCAUAAUGGCGCUAUCUUUGCCAUUUCUAGCAUCGUCCGCAACCCCAGAAACAAGGCAAGAUGAUGCAGCGGAAACUGUCAGCAGGGAAAACCUCUAUGCGGUAAACUUCAGUUUGUGGCCACAGUCUCCUUACGUGGGCAUGGACUUUGCCAUUGCUUCUAUGCAGCUGAAACGCCUAUCAGGUGUCCAAGACAUGUGGAGAAAGACUGAAGAGCACGACUGCUUAACGGGAAGUGAGGAGGUUUGCUUUCUCGUCGAUGAGAUCGGGGUCAUUUCCCUUCGUCAGAUGAAGGGACUGCGCAUAGCAAGCGAGGAUGCUUUGAGAGCCCUUGGAAUGGAGCGCGAGCGGCGGCACCUGUAUGAAGCGUGCCUUGCCCCUGGAAGUAUGAUAGCCGAUGAGCCAUUUGACUUUGAUGCCCUCAGACAGGGAUUGGGGGCCUGCCCAAUUGCGAUUCGUGGGAAGGACGCCGGCGCUUGUGUGCCCGAAGCUGGUGACAUUGUCCUUCUGGAGGCAGAUGAGCGAUAUGUGGCCGGCAAGCUUUGGCAGGAGGUUUUCUCCAUUACGAAGCCAGUGCCAAAUUCAAGCCCGAUUCGUGUGGGUGGGGUCCAUGAUCAGCUCCGCUGUAUGCUGGUUUGCCUUGGCAUGGCAAUUUUGAUUGUAUUGGUGACUUUGGAAGUUGUUGACUUGGCAGCAGGCGCAGGUAUUUUUGUAUUAUUCCUGGUGCUGACCAAUGCCUACAGCAUGACCGCCGUCUACAAAGCAAUCAAAGGGCCAGUGCUUCUUACAAUUGCGGGUGCCAGCGGUCUGUCUAUGGCCCUGCAAGCCAGCGGGGUUGCCAUGUUUGCAGCCAGACGGCUCACGCAGUAUGCGCUGCCAGGUGGCAGUAUAUGUGUACGGGUGGCAGUAUAUGUGCUGAGUGCCUUUCUUUCGAUGUUCAUGAACAAUUCGGCAACAGUUGCUGUUCUUGGGCCCAUGCUUGCAACAAUCUCGCGCAGUGCUUGUGAUGAUGACAUUUUGUGCCAGCAGAGAAGCAUGAAAGCCCUCACACAGGUGAUGGUGUUUGCAGCCGGAACGUGCUUGACAUCCCCAUUGGGAUAUCAGACCAACUUGAUGGUGAUGAAAGAUGGUGGCUAUACCUUUGGUGACUUCACGAAGUAUGGCGGCUUAAUUCAGGUGUUCCACUUGAUUUGUUGCGUAGCGGUGGUGUCUUUGCUGGUGGAUUCCUUGGACCUGUAG